AUGGGCCUGUCAGACGGACUCGUGGUGUUUCUGUGCAUCCUGAUCGCUGGGAUCGUUGUGGCGGGUGCCGCAGCACUCCAUCGCGUCGUCGCACGCCGCGAGUUCACGGCAGAACUACCCCAGCCCACCAACGAGCAGCAAUCGUACAUGAGGACGGUGCGGUCGAGAAAAUGGCCUAUGAUCUGGGUUGAUGAACGUCUGCCGCCAUCAACGGUGACGUCGACUGUGUGA